UUCCGGUUUUUGGGUCCGCGUGUGAACCAGCGAGCUCAUGGCUACUCUGGAGUCUCCUGGGAUGGAUGACCAGGCUGGAGACACGGAGACAGAGGCGCUACAGAGUGCAAAGUGGCUGUACUGUGGAGAGCCCGACGACAGGCAGAAAGCUGUGCUGGUCCAGUUCUCCAAUGGGAAGCUGCAGAAUCCGGGCGACAUGCGCUUCACCUUGUACAACAGCACCGACUUAGUAAACCCCAGGCACAGGAGUCACCGGAUCGUGGCAGCUGAAACAGACAGGCUCUCCUAUGUCGGAAACAAUUUUGAGACUAGUGCCCUCAAAUGCAACACUCUUUGCAGACACUUUGUGGGAAUUCUGAAUAAGACCUCUGGCCAGAUGGAAGUCUACGAUGCCGAACUGUUCAACAUGCAGCCGCUGUUUGCUGACGAUGUUAUUGAGCGUGAGCCUCUGGAGAAUCAGAACAAGACUUUCAGGGACAAGUUGGAUUCUUGCAUUGAAGCCUUUGGAAGCACCAAGCAGAAGCGGUCCCUGAACUCCAGGAGGAUGAACAAAGUUGGCAGCGAGUCUCUGAAUCUCAGUGUGGCUAAAGCCGCAGAGAGUAUCAUUGAUACAAAGGGUGUGAAUGCUCUGGUCAGCGAUGCCAUGCAGGAUGACUUACAAGAUGACGCCCUCUACCUUCCUCCCUGCUACGCUGAUGCAGCCAAGCCCGAAGACGUGUAUAGAUUUGAAGACAUUCUGUCCCCGGCCGAGUAUGAUGCUCUUGAGAGCCCAUCCGAAGCCUUCAGAAAGGUCACAUCGGAAGACAUACUGAAGAUGAUUGAAGAAAACAGUCACUGCUCCUACGUCAUAGAAAUGCUGAAGUCUCUGCCCGCAGAUGAGGUCCACCGGAACCGGCAAGCCCGGAGCAUCUGGUUCCUAGAUGCCCUCAUCAGAUUCCGAGCUCAGAAAGUGAUAAAGGGGAAAAGAGCCUUAGGGACUGGAAUCCCGCACAUUAUCAACACCAAGCUGCUGAAACAGUUCACCUGCAUGACCUACAACAACGGCAGGUUACAGAACUUAAUUUCAAGUUCUGUGAAGGCCAAGAUCACUUCGUAUGUGAUCAUACUUGCCCUGCACAUAAAUAACUUCCAGGUUGACCUGACCGCGUUGCAGAGGGACUUGAAGCUGAGUGAGAAAAGGAUGAUUGAGAUAGCGAAAGCCCUGAGGCUGAAGAUCUCCAAACAAAAGGUGUCCCUGGCAGAUGGCAGGGAAGAGAGUCACAGACUGGGCACUCUGUCUGUCCCACUGCCUCCGGCCCAGAACUCUGAUCGACAGUCAAAGCGGAAGAAAAUGAACUAGAUGUUUUCCACAGCCACUUCUGUUCACUUCCAUUUUUAUUUUUAUUUUUAUUUUUAUUUUUAAAAAGAAAGUAGACUGGACCUUGUGGUACAAACCUAUAACCCAAAGUACUCAGGAGACUGAGGCAGGAGGAUUGUGAAUUCUGAGCCUCUCUGGGACUCCAUCAUGCUCCACCACACCCCUGAGGCCUUACUUUAGCAUGGUUAUCAUGCCAGAAGCCAGCAUUCCAGCUGUGCGUCUCUUAUGCAGAAAUUAAAGUGAUGGCCCAGGUUUGACUUCA